AUGAGCUCUGCUUACGGAGCUAUCAGUCGUCCAGCAGCCAGCACUUUGGAUCCACUUCCUCUGCCUCUUGUUGCUAAAUUACCGACAACCAAUGCGACAACGAAGCUUGUUUCAGUUGACAAAUCGAACAACGAUCUAGUGGAAACCUUGAGAGGCUUACUGAAUCUAGAAAUCCUUAACGGAUCGACUUAUCCUCAGGAAAACGGUCUAGAUAGAGCUCAGUUCGAGGCCUACUUCUUGUCGUAUGACGCUUUCGUGUUAAUACGAGACUCUGACCAGGCGGUUCUUGGAACUUUUUACGUCAAACCCAAUUAUCCAGGACGAUGCAGCCACAUUUGUAAUGCGGGUUUCCUGGUCAUGCCAGAGUUCCGAAAUCUGGGUAUAGGCAAGGUGCUAUGUGAAGCCUUUCUGAUACUAGCCCCGAAGCUUGGAUAUCUGUCUUCUGUCUUCAAUCUGGUCUUUGAGAACAAUACCGCCUCUGUAAGGCUUUGGAGAUCGUAUGGAUUUGAGGAAGUAGGACGAAUCCCUAAGGCUGGAAGACUGAAAAAUAGUGUUGAACGGAUAGACGCCAUUGUCUUUUACUGCGAUUUUGAGGCAUUGGAUCUAACAGGGAGGUUACAUUACGUAGAAUUGUGA